UGCAGCAUACUUAGUUCAUCCGAUCGGAGUACUUUCGAAAGGUUCCGUGCAAUGUCAAUAAACCACACAAAGGGGACCAUUCUGGACCCCUCUGGCUUCAUACCCCCAGUCUCUUACUGUACUCCGUAAACUCUGGUGAUAUUGCCUCCAGGACAUACCAUCACAGACCAUGUUGACGUGCAAGGAAUCCACGUGUAGAAAGAUAUCCGCUGCAAGAUGGAAGACCCUCGACUGUGAUGAGAUAUUUAGGACGUAUUCUCCGACCAUGUAUUCCUACUUCGUUCUCCGGCUCGUCAAACCUGGCACCCUAAACGGAGCAUUUGGGCGCUCCCCAGCCGACCGGUGAGGACGUAUAUGCAAGUAUUAUGAAAAGAAUCGUCAGAACUAUGCUGACCUGGCUAGAGAAAAGUGGAGGAUAUGAAUACUUCCAAAAGUCGGCGCCGAGAGAGGGCCCCCAUUAUGUUCUUGGCAUCAAGGGCAAGUCAACUGGCGAGUGCGGUUAAUCAUCAUUCCCGAGAAAAAUCUGAAAGGAACGUUCACCGCCAUUUUAAAUGAUUUUCUCAAAUCCAUGCAUAGAGUCAAGUCAUAGACCGGCCAAUGAUGGAUUUGGGGCUCGACGACGAUCUGUUCCCAGCCAAUAAGUACUGCCCCAUAUGUGGGGUGGUUCUCCUGUGCGAAGAGCUGGAAGAGACCCCCGAGACCCGACGGCCAUGGUACGCCGAAGUACGGGCUGUGGCCAAGGAAGAAUACUGCACCAAUUUCAUGACCGGGGUAGGUUUUCUUGACUCCCGCGAUGUUCUCUGUGCUCCGUUAGACGAAGAGUUGGACUAUCUCAACGCAUUCGAGCUGCACGACGUGGAUUUACUGCGAACGGAAUCAGAGCUGCACGGCUUUGGUCUCCAUGAUUCCUGCUGGAUGCUGCUGCAGGACCGUCUGUGGCAUACAAUUGACUCCGAAAAAAUUGCCCAGUCUCUUUAUGACCUGUUUUACUGCACCCCAUCGCCACACCGAUCUAGUCUCUCUUUUGGACAUGAUUAUGGGGGUGCUAAACGUUGGCAAAGGGCGUAUGGCGACAUCUCCCUGCCGGAGGACAUGCCACUGCUCUUGCAGGCGGAUCCAUAUGCUAUUCCACUCUUAGAAAAGCUCGAGGAGAACGCACCUGAUGUGGAUGGCGGACGAGACUAUCGCUCGGCGUGUACUACGACGUCUACUGACAUCAAUACUGGAUACCGUAACUCCUUCGGCCAACUGUCUUUAGAACUACUCCAUGAGGUUGUAUCGUACUUAUCUGUUCCUCAGCUCCUGGACCUAAAAUGUACAAGUCGCGAUCUUGCGCAGCGCUUGGUAUUCUCCAGCCUGCCACAGUCCUUUUGGAAGAACCAGUUUGCUCGAGGCGCCGAUAUGGACUUCCUCUUUCCUGAUCUCGAACAAACACGGGAUUGGUUCCGAUUAUAUCGCGGUACAGUGUCCAUUCUUCAGGUCAAAGAUCAAUCUCCUGAAAAGCUUUCCCUGCUCAACCGCAAAAGAAUCCGUGCACUCCUGGAGCCAAUAGCAUCGGUCGUAGAAAUAGACAGCGGACGAUCGAAAGAACCUCGCGGGCGCCGGGCAAACUGUCUGGAGCUACGACCUGGACAUUGGUUCGUGUCGGAGGGGCUAACCCAAUGGCGCGCUGAAAAUAUGUAUACGGCACAUCUAACCUCGGGAAUGGACUAUCUUCCACAUGGAUGCUACGUACCUCGCUACCGGAUUGGCGCGGUCCCACAUACCAUGUUGCAUGGCGGCGAAAUCAAAAUAUCAACCGUGCAGCUAGGGGCACGGGUGUUCAUUGCCGGUAUAAGUCAUCGUUCUACAGGGAUUAAUGAAGAGGCUAUCGGAUACGCGGACAUGACCGGCCAGAGAACGAUCAACGUGCCUCCUGGGUCCAUAUUUAAUGAAAUUGAAGUUGCAUUUUCCCCCGAAGGCCUGCGGGGCAUCCGAUUUCAUUUUGGGGAAAACACUGUAUCUGACUGGAUUGGGGAUACAAGUGAUAAGGAGAUGAGUUAUGGUGUCCUGAAGAUCCCUCAAUCGGCCCGCGGGACAUAUCAUAUCCUCGCCGGUACAGAUGCUUAUAAAUUAACCGCCAUUGGAACCAUUCAUAACGAGUCACGGGAAGAGAAGUCUAACACUCCCUUUUGGCUGGAUUAUCCUCUAGAUCUCACCCUCCCUGAGUCAUACCUAUGGCAGUCUGAACGACCCAGCUAUGACAAUUUACGGAUCUAUCAAUUCCAACCUGACAACGUAGGGACGCCCUAUCGCCCCUUGAUGAAUAUCGACUUUGGCGGGCCGAAUGGCGAGUGGCUUGAUUCACUCGUCAGCAUGGAGGUCCAUGUCGCAUCUGAGUUCUUUCCUAUCCUUGGAAUGACAUUCAACUACACCGACAAGACCUUGCAGUUUGGCAAAUGUACCUCCGACAACAAAUUGACCUUCUCAGUCGAUGGGCCAGGUGGGGAACGGAUCACCGACGUUGUCGGGAUUACAACAGGUAAUAGUGACGCCAGCUGUAUUUAUGGUCUAACGGUCACCACAAACCACAACCGAGAAAUGGAGUUCAAGCCCGGCAAUCCAUGUGACGGCUCUAGCAGCCCACAUGGGGUUUCGCCAACUCCUUGCUACCUUGAAGAUCUUCCUCAAGAACGCAUUAUUACCGGAUUUGUGGCCACACAGCGCUGGCGUCAGGAGUACUUCAAAGAGCUGGGUAUUCAAAUACAAUUGCCCAGUGGGUCUGAUGAAGGCCGAAGCGCAUGACAGCUUUAUUGAGAGACGCGUCGAGCUGGGUUGAUACAAUGAAAACGUUGACUGGUAUGUAGGUUACCGCACUCUGCAGCUGUCUGGCGAAGCAAACAAACAUGCGAGCGUUGGCUUAUCUUGUGUUACGAUAGGUUGAAUAAUAUCUUCCAGAGAGAUAUUCUGUUUGAAGUCUCUGCUUCUGUGCGCUGGUGGAUUCCUACGAUAUGCCACUCAUCAAGGACAAUUAUGAAAAUCUGAUAUUUUGGGGCGGGUAACCUGCGCCUAUUACAACAAUGGGUUUAUGUCUUGUAUGCCGGUGGUAUGAGCUGAAGGAAAUUCUGUGUGCUUGCGAUAAGAGGAAAUCUUUCCAUUUAGACUCUCCUUUCCAGUUAACGUUGAC